GGUAUUGGUGUGUGAAUUUGUGGAAAUUUCCCAACUUUUUCAAAAGUUAUAAUUUAUUGUAACCACGUAAUAUCUGCGCUAAUAAAUUUAAUGUAGCAUACUUUUAAGCAAAAUAUCUUUUACAGAAUCUCGUUUUUUUUUAUUGAAAAUUAUAAUCUCAUUAAAAUACGUAGUGAAACUUGGUUGUGGGCUAUUGGGUAAUGUGAAAGAGCAUAUUUUGAUACUACGACAAGUCUGAAGAUAAGUUAGCGAUAGAGUAAUCAUCGCGUCACGUUAUUCGGAUUAUUAAUAAAAACAAGUUUGCUCGUUGAACCCCAGCAGACGGCACAUUCGUAUUCUUUUAUCUCCGCUCAACUCAGUAGCCGCAGUUUAUAGCUCGCGUUCAGUCGCGAAAUUACGUAUAAUCGAAUAGGAAAGUAAACAACAAUCAAAGUGAAAAUGAAAAACACACCCAAAAAGGUGAAUGCUGAUUUGCAAAGGGAGAGAGAUCAGUGCACAUUCAACACACAGGAACUCACACAUCUCAUUGAUGGAGGGGAAGAAAAGACUCAAGAGAGAAAAAAGAGAGAGGAGGUAGUUCUAAAUGAGGGCAUCCACCUGGAAGAGGUGCCGUCUGAGUACCUCAGCCACAAGGAGAAGUACGAGCUGGCUGUCAAGAAGGCCUGCAAGCUGUUCAAGCUCAUCCGCCGCCUGCAGGAAGAGGAGAACACCGGCAUGGAGAACUACCGGGAGGUGCUUGGUGGCUACUUGGGGUCAGCUAUCCUGAACGAUGGGUCACCCCUGACCCUGCACUAUGUGAUGUUCAUACCAACCCUGAUGGGCCAGGCCACGGUGGAGCAACAAGCCUACUGGAUCGGAAGGGCUUUCACCUGCAGCAUCAUUGGAACUUAUGCACAGACGGAGCUGGGCCACGGAACCUUCAUCCGAGGGCUGGAGACCACGGCCACGUACGACCCCAACACCAAGGAGUUUGUGCUCAACAGUCCCACGCUCACCUCCUACAAGUGGUGGCCCGGCGGAUUGGCCCACACAGCCAACUAUUCGGUGGUGGUGGCCCAACUCUACACCAAGGGCAAAUGCCACGGCAUCCACCCGUUCAUCGUGCAGCUUCGUGAUGAAGAGACCCACAUGCCGCUGCCUGGCGUGAAGGUUGGCGAGAUUGGAGCCAAGCUUGGCAUGAACGGCACCAACAAUGGAUUCCUGGGCUUCGAGAAUGUUCGAAUUCCGCGGGAGCACAUGCUUAUGAAGAACUCUAAGGUUCUAGAGGACGGCACAUACGUGAACUCGCCCAGCUCGAAGCUCACGUACGGCACGAUGAUGUUCGUGCGCGUGGUACUCGUCAACGACAUGUGCAACUACAUGGCGAAGGCCGUCACUAUAGCAACACGAUACUCCGCCGUCAGGAGGCAGUCGCAGCCGAAACCCAAUGAGCCGGAGCCCCAGAUCCUGGACUACCUCACCCAGCAGCACAAGCUGUUCAUCGGCAUCGCGUCCGUGCACGCCUUCCGCAGCUCCGCCACGUGGCUGUGGGAGAUGUACAACAACGUCACCGCGGAGUUAGAUGCCGGAGAAUUGGACCGGCUGCCUGAGCUACACGCCUUAUCCUGCUGCCUCAAAGCAGUAAGCACGGCAGACGCGGCGGAGUGCGUGGAGCGGUGCCGGCUGGCGUGCGGCGGCCACGGCUACAUGCUGUCGUCCAACCUGCCGCUCACGUACGGGCUGGUCACCGCCGCCUGCACCUACGAGGGCGAGAACACCGUGCUGCUGCUGCAGACUGCCAGGUUCCUAGUGAAAGCCCACCAGCAGGCGGCGGGCGGGCACUCCCUCACGCCCACCGUGUCGUACAUCGCGGCGGUGGGCGCGGGCCGCCGCUCGCCGCCCUGGGAGAACACCAUCGAGGGCAUCCUCGUAGGCUUCCAGAGGGUCGCUGCUGGUAAAAUUGCCUUAUGCGUGGCCAACAUCGAGAAGCGUCAGAAGAACGGACUCCCAUACGAAGACGCGUGGAACAUGACUUCUGUACAACUUACAUCGGCCUCCGAGGCGCACUGCCGAGCGAUCCUCCUCCAGACCUACUACAAGGAGACGGAGAAGGUCUCAGCUCGCGCGUCGCCGGCGCUGCGCCCGGUGCUGCUGCAGUUGGUCGACCUGUACAUCGUGUACUGGGCGCUGCAGCGUGUUGGUGAUCUGUUGAGGUACACGUCGAUCUCUGAACGCGACAUCGAGCAGCUGCAGACCUGGUACGAGGAUCUGCUGCAGAAGAUCAGGCCCAACGCCGUGGGGCUCGUCGACGCCUUUGACAUACGGGACGAGAUCCUGCAUUCGACGCUGGGUGCGUACGACGGGCGCGUGUACGAGCGGCUGAUGGAGGAGGCGCUGAAGAGCCCCCUCAACGCGGAGCCCGUCAACCAGAGCUUCCACCAGCACCUCAAGCCCUUCAUGCAGGGGAAACUGUAAACUGUCUGCAAGAGUGUGGUGCAAUAUCGACAAAACUGUUGGUAGUUCAGAACAAACACAUUUAUUUGAAUCAAAUUAUAUGAACAGAUUUUUAUGUUACAUUUUAUAAAUCAUUGGAUAAUGGUCAGAUAUUAUUUAUGGUUAAGUUUAAAUACGUUUCGUCUACGAAGCAAGUCUUUAUUUUGUCUCGAAAGCUUAGCAGCAUUGGCGAAGAUACUGUAAACUUGAUGAGGCUAAUGUACCUUAACGUAAUUCUUAUACAUUCCGUAUUCUGUAAUUAAUUAUGUGCAAUAUAAGUUCGCCUUAAGCUGCGUACACACCGGCCCAACGAAUGCCCAACGAACGCCCAACGAUGGAUAUUUAUCAUACUUAAUACAUGGCAGAUUGCAGCAACGAAGGUCAACGAAACCCGUUCGUGGCGGUCGUUUGGCCGGUCUGUACGCAGCUUUAUAUUUGAGUUUCCAUGGCAGUCGCUGGAUGGUGCUGCUGAAGUGUCACCAGCCGAUAUUCCCUAUGUGAUAUUUUUGUAGCUUUCAGGGUAGGGUACCUAGUUUUAUUAGUAAGAUUUUUAUAACAUAGAAAAUAAUGCUGUCUUUAUUUU